AUGGAUGAUUAAAUCUUUAUAGAAAGGCUAGUAGAAAUCGAAGAGCAGUGUAAAAAGAUCAGAAGUUCACUAAGUUCAAUGUAAUUGUAUUUAAAUAUAUAAUUAAUCAUUGUAAUAAGUUAUAUUUCAUUACCUUGGUUGUAUGAAUAUUAAAAGGCAUCUAUUUUUUAUUUGAUUUGGAGAUUGUUACAAUACUCAUUUCACUUAUUUAGUGUUAUCAAAAUAAAAAAAACUGUAGAAAUAAUUUCAGAAGGCUCAAGAUAAUUUAUUGAACAAUUAAAUGAUUAAAUUGAUGUUUGGGCUGCAGUAAAGGGAAAUCAUGGAGCAUUAAGUAAAUGCAAUGAAUUUGUUUAUAUCAUAAUGUUUGGAUUAGGGAAUGUAGUGUUUUUGUAAAAUACUCUAUUGCUUAGUAAAUGGAUUUUAGUUGUUCAAUUAAUGUUUGGAUGGAUUGUCUUAGCAAUAAUUGCUCUUGGUUUACUUGCUAUUUGUUUUAUAAUGCCCUUUUUAAUAUAUAGAGUAAAUCGUUAGAGAAGAGAAGAAGAAAGAAGAAGAUAAGAGCAAGCAAUUAGAUUAAUAGGAACUUAAAUUAAAUAUUCUGAUUUGAAUUGUCAAACUUUUUAACCUUGCUAUAUUUGUUUAUAACCUUAUAAUAAUGAUGAUCUAGUUGUUAAAUUCACUUGCAAUCCAAAUCAUGUUUUUCAUUCAGAUUGUAUUCGGCCAUGGGCUGAAAUAAAUGAUACUUGUCCUGUUUGUAGAUAAAGAUUAGAAUAAUGA